UCUCUUUUGCCUUGUCGGUCGUCACUCUUACAGCGUAGUGACCUUCUGUCUGUCUGUCUGUCCGUCCGUCUGUCUGUCUGUCUGUCUUUGUGUCUCACUGACCGUCUGUGAGUGGCUGAGUCCAUACGUCUGUGUGUGUCUGCCUGUCUGUCUGUCUGUCUGUGAGUGCGCGGCCUUUUUCCGAGCCUUUUGACCAGCAGCCAGACUGAUUGAAGUGGGGAGAUUGAAUGAGUGAGUGCACUGCAAUGGGGGAUGGAUCGAGGGCAUGGACUGGGGCGCUUGUAUGGUAUGGAUGAGACAGAGACAGAGACAGCUGGAGGGAUCGAAUCAAUCAAGACGUGCAUGAGAAAAGUGACGUGGCAUUGUCAAUCCGUCCCGAUGACAUUGCGGCGACAGAAAAAAGGAUGGCGCCUAUCGCGCACACAUAGACACAUCGCAUGUCGCGGUCACAGGUUGUGUCCCUGACAUCAAAUAUAAAACGCAGGCAGCGAUCGGACAAAAGCCCGACAGACACACACGGAUGGAUGGAUGGAUGGAAUGAUGCCCCAAUACCAUGUGCUCCCUGCGUGCAGGAGAUCAAGAACGACUGGGCGGUGCUGAUGGAGGAGUACUUCACUCGUGCCAAGAGGCUGGAGUGGGUGGUGUGUCUGAUCGAGUCGACCAGGGGGCCCGAGGAGCUCGACGAGCGGCUGUGGGACAUGCUGCAAGAAAAGGGCAGACGACUCAUGGUCAGUCAGUAGGGCGGGGAGGGAGGGCGGGAGGGAGGACCAGCACGAAAGACAGACAGACAGACAGACAGGUAUUGUGUCCCACGUCCUCUGUUUGCUGUGGUGUCUGUGUUGGUCUGUCAUCCUUCAGCUGGUGCUCACAAAGGUCGACCUGCUCAAGGUGAGUAGUGACAACAGCACCAACACAACGGACACAAACAGACAAGGGGAUAUUCAGUCUCUGUGUGUUGUGUGUUGUGUGUUGGUUUGGGUGUGUGCAGCCGAUGGAUCUGCACAGCCUGAUGAUGCGCGUGGUGGUGGCGCUGCAGCAGCUGCCGCCCGAGUUGGUCUGGCCGUUCGUCCACGCCGUCUCAGCCAGGGAGCACCUCGGUGUG